CUGCCCCCCGGCGCGCCAUGUUUCAUUGUAUCGUGCAGCCGCGCCACGAGUGGCCACCACCUGACAUCGACAAUGCAUUCCCCGAUAUCCGCGCGCAGCUGGCGGAGCAGUCGCGCGUGCUGGAGACGCGCGCCGAGGCGGCGGCGGGCGUGGCCGGCGAGCUGAGCGAGUACUGCCGGCGCCGCGCGGACCUCGAGCACGAGUACGCGAAGGCGCUCGACAAGCUGGCGCGCGCGGCCGCGCAGCGCCACAAGGACCAGCGCCACCGCCGCGAGCAUUGGCCGCUGGUGGGCGCCUUCGGCUGCUGGCAGGCCGCGCUGGACCACGCGCGGGCGCUGGCCCGGGACCACGCGGCGCUGGGCGACCUGUACGGCGGGCAGCUGGCCGCGCGGCUGCAGCGCGCCGCCGACGACGCGCUGCGCCUGCACCGCAAGUGCCGCGACGUGGUGGCCGAGCGGCACGAGGAGCUGGCCGCGGCGCUGGCCGAGGCGGGCGUCGCCGGGAAGGCGCACGCCGCCGCCGCCGCCGACUGGCGCGCCGCCGCCGCGAAGCUGCGCCACGCGCGCGACCAGCGCGACAGGCUGGCCGCCGCCGAGCCGCACAGGCUGAAGAAGCUCAAGGCGCUCGACAAGGAGCUCGACAAGCGGCGGGCGCGGAGACACCUACCCCUUUCCCACGGUACCAGAGUCAUUCCGUCGGGCCUUUUCCCAUCUGACCGACUGAGGGCUGGAGGUUCCAGCACGUAUCGAAUAUCUGCUGAACGAUAUGAUGCCGUGGAAAUUUCCCUGCGCAUCGACAGCCACUUAGGGCAUGAUGGCCGCUGGCCUCCACCGUGGCACCACAAAUGCACACAUCGCAGCCCAGGCGAAGAACGACCGCCACACGAACCGAGUCGCUGUCGAGCAGAGUUCCAGAUGCGUUACUGUUGCGGGCGAGCACAAGCCGCCCGUGAAUUGACCAAGAAUCGCGCCCUCCGCAGCCUGACGCAGCACAGCGAGCAGAACAUGAUGGACGCGUGGAACCUGGCGGUGUGCGUGGGCCCCACGCUGGUGGCGGCGCGCGGCGAGGGCGGCGCGCAGGUGGCGCAGCAGAACCUCGUCAACGACCUCCUCAAGCGCCUCAUCCUGCAGCACGAGGAGGUCUUCCCGCAGCACGUCGCGCCGCACACGCUCUACCGCCCGCCCAGCGAGUCGGAUGCGCUGGACCCGUCAGAGGCGACGGAAGCGGAAGAGGCGGCGGGCGCGGGGGAGGAGGAGGACGACGACGACGAGGAGGGCAGCGACGCGCGCUCUACGGGCGGGGACGAGGCCGCGGGAGGGGCGGGCGGCGCCAGAGACGAGCCCGACAUGCGCGACGACCUGUCGCUUUUCGCCGACGACGACGACGACGACGACGAGGAGUCCAGCUCGGAGGGCGAGGGCGAGACGGAGUGGCUUCCGCGCGACGAGGAGCACAGGGCCGACGGGCAGGAGGAGGCCGCAGCGACGCCGCACGCCCUGCCGUCGCCCGCCGCACCGCCGCCGCCGCCCUGCAGGCGACUGGUGGAGGCGACGCCCGACCUGGUGCUGGACUUGCCCUCGCGCGGCUCCGCUGCCGCGGCGGCGACGCCCGAGCCGCCCCCGCGCGACGCGUCGGCGCCGUCGCCCGUGCCGCCCGACCCCGCCGACGCCUUCGCGCACAACCGCGACACGCUGAAGAAGCGGCCCGCCGCGCACGGAUGCGCCGGCCGCGACGCGCCCCUGUCGCCCGCCUCGCCCGCGGCCGCCGAGGCCCCGCAGGCCCCGCAGGCCCCGCAGGCCCCGGAGGGCAGCCCCGUGCCGGCGCGCAACACGCAGCGCGUGGCGGCCAAGUUCGCGGAGCUGACGCUGACGGGCGGGUCGCUGAAGCCGGCGCUGGCCGCCAAGCCGCUGCUGCUGCGCCGGCCCACGCCGCACCCGCACGCGCCGCGCGCGCCCCCCGCCGCGCCCUCGCCCCCCUCCGGGCCCGCGCUGUAGCGGCGGCCGCCACACGCGGCGGGGGUGCGCCCGGUGAUAGAUAAUAAAUGAGAUCUCUGUCUUGAGGUCGUCUGAGUUCACUUGGCGUAUUUCAUUCAGCGCGGUCCGCGAUCUGCAACGGCCGCUUGGCGUGGGCGGAAAUAGACGGGGCUCGUCCACGAACAGCAUACAAUUCGUGUAGUCUGUUCGUAAGCCUAUCGCAUAGAUGACAAAUAUUUUGUCGCUGAUUUUCAUAUCAAAACGUCCUUGUUAUUAAUCGUAGACCUAAAAACGGAAGCAACCGGGAAAACCCUCCGUGUUAACCUUCCGUGGCUUCUCUAGUAGCCACAGAGAUUUCACAUACACACGUGAGUAGCGCAACAGCCGGUAAAGUUUGUUAUUGCGCGCGAGUUAGGUCUAUUUCCCUUAGCGUUAAGCGCCAGAUGUGACCGAUGGAUAUUACGUAAGAUAUAGGUAGACAUUUUAUUUAAAAACAACGAAAAUGUGGUUCUAGUUCCAAACUUUCCUUUGUAGUGUUUAUUGAUAUAGUCAUGUAUGAAAUUGUAUACUAUUCAUUUGUCAAUCAAGACAGGGAAUAUACAUGUACUAAACCUUUGGUGAACGCUGACAAGGCUCAAUAAAAGAUUCGGUAAAAGACGUCAAAUAUAUCAGUUCAAAUAACUAUUGAAAAGUUUAAUACAUGUGACGUCAAGGCGCACAUCGCGCACAAAUUCAAAUGUAAUGUACAGGGUGCCUAUGAAAUCGACGAAUAAUUCAUAACGUUUUUACCCAACACUACAUCAACAGUUUAAUCAUGCAAAAUUUUACGGAGUAGUUUUUUGCAUUUACUAUGCAUGAGAAAUUGCUAAGAAAGUUAGCGAUUUGGCUUGAUGACAUAGUGAGUGUAAGGACGCAGGUGUCUUGCGAACACUUUCAGGUCGGCUGGCUCCACGCCCGGACGCCGCCCGGCCACCGCUCGGCCACCGCCAGGCGUCGCUCGUCGCCGCCGACCAAUCAAAAUUAUUUGGAUUCUAAAUUGUCUCAUGUAAAAGUCUCUUUCCACGUGGAAGUUCAUUGUCUCGAUCACGUUCCUCACCUCACAUCUUUAUUUUAAUGUAAUAGAGUACUUUCAUUUAUUGCUACAAGAAACGCAUUUAAAUUCUUGUUUCAUGUCUUGAAAAUGUGUGCGACUUGAAGUGCCUUAUGGUUCCCGGACACGUUUAUCCUCUUAAGCUUGUCAAGUCGAGGCGUGAAUUUCAUAGGCAGGUUGUAUAACAUGAUAAUUAUAAAUUGUAUCGCUGCUUUGUAGAGUAACUACUACAAGAGAGCAAUCGUUUCAGUAAACAUAAUAAUGAUAAACCGCUUUCUGCCGACGAGUACAUGCACAAAUGCAUUUAUCUACAUAUCGUCCCGCGACAGCCAAGGGUAGGUCGUGCGGGGGCGGUUGGCGGUGGAGUGUUGUUUUAUACGAUUUGUCACGGUAAUCGAUAUUUAUAUUAUUAUGUAUAGGAAGUAUUAUUUUUGUACGCGGCGACUGCGCCGAAUGCGCGAGAAUCGAAUGUAUCGUCGCUUUUAAAUUAUUAGACGUAUAAGCUUACUGAAUGUGUAUUUUUUGACUAGGGUUUUUAGACCUUCGACUGUGCGCCGGCGGCAAAUGCCGGGGAGCGAUCUGUAAUCUAUGUACUCAAUAAAACAGUAUUAUCUCUUAUGACCGGCGUUU